GGAUAGGAUGAACAAUAUCAAUAAAAGUUUACUCCUGAAAAAAAAGGGCUGAUUUACUAAGUCUCCCUAUCUCCUGUUCCUGCAGGCUCGAGUGAUCGUGUAAUUUUUGGCUAGUUUCUCGCCUUCAAAGAAACAAGACAGGUCUUGGUGGAUCAGUAUAAUGCGACUAGGGAUUGUUAAACCAAUAUCCGCAUAUGCACAUGCCAAUGCUAUAACUUCUUGUCCAUUUUGCGACCUCAGAAAGCCAAUUCAACAUUAUUUAUACAUGCGGACGUACAUAAUAGAAGACAAUUGAGAUCAUGACCAUUCCAAUCAGCAUACCACAGUUCGAAUAUGCCCCGGUGAAGACGACAUGGCUGACGCGCGACGUGCUUCUUUUCGCCAACUCAAUUGGCUGCGAAGCAAGGAAUGGGCUUCAUUUUCUUUAUGAACUACACCCAAAUUUCCAAGUCUUCCCCACGUAUCCCAUUGUGCUAACCUUCAAGCACGCCGAUGUAGACACCGUUGACUUCCUCGCGCGAAAUGCGGCGCGAACCUUACCUCCCGGCUGCCCCAAAUUAGACUGGGGUGUAGCCGUCGAUGGGAGGCGACGGAUGGAGUUCCUACGGCCCCUUCCGCCAUCCAGCGACGGGAAUACGUGGGAGAUCCAUUCGAAAGUCCUAGGAGUGUUCGAUAAGGGCGUCGGGAAAGGAACUGUGAUGGAGAUGGAGCAUGUGCUAAAGCAACGGGAGAGUGGGCAGGUGUAUACUCGCGCUUGGGAGAGUGCAUUCUUCAAGGGAACCGGCGGUUGGGGCGGGGAGAGAGGUCCGAAAAUUAAGGGGUACCCUCCUCCAAGUCCAGCAAGAGAGCCAGACGCAGUGUCAACCUUCCAAACUAACACAGAAUCUGCACAUUUGUAUCGACUGAACGGCGACUACAACCCGCUUCACGCCACUCCGGAGUCCGGGAAAGCGCUGGGAUAUGGUGGUAUAAUCAUGCAUGGACUCUUCAGCUGGAACGUUGCAGCCAGAGAAGUGUUAUCUCGGUUUUGCGGUAGUGAGGGCUGGCGUCUUCGCGACUUUGAAGCGAGGUUCGUAGCACCCGUUAAACCGGGGGAUAGGCUGCAUAUCCUCAUGUGGGAUAUGGGGUUGUGGAAAGGAGCAGCAGCCGUAGACCAAAACGCCGAAAGACUGCGAGAGGUAAGAUUUGUGGUGAAGGUUGGUGACAGGGUCGUAUUGUCACAUGGAAGAGCAUUGGUGAAGGAGGAUGAUCAGGUAGAGGAUGUAAAUAAGCCUAAGUUAUAGAUGUAUAAAUAGUGCAGGAAAAAUAACAGGCUAGGAAGGUUUAAUAAAACAAAAAAAACAUCUAGCAAGCAAUAUACAUGUCUAUAUUAACAUAAAAGACACUGCAUACAAGAAAGAAAAAGAGCUCAAGUUCAUCCAAGCCGCCCCAUUUAA